GAGAGUCAAGCCGGUUCCAAGGAAGCAUUGUACAAUAACUUAUUUUUGCGCGGUGGUUUGUGGGUGUGAGCAAAGAAGUAAAAUGGCGGACUUGGCAAACGAAGAGAAGCCUGCCAUAGCACCACCAGUGUUUGUUUUUCAAAAGGAUAAAGCACAGAAGAGAUCAGCUGAUGGAUCGAGUGCAGAAGAUGGAGAAGAUUCAGACAAAGACCAAGGAGGUUAUUGUCCACCGGUUAAAAGGGAAAGAACUUCAUCGCUAACUCAGUUCCCACCCUCACAUUCUGCUGCCAAGAACAAUGUGUUCAUGCCCUCAAGUUUCUGUCAGUCACCAACUGGGAACUCUGACUCGGAGCCAGAGGAGAAGCCUGUUGGAUUUCGUUUAAAACCACCAACCCUCAUCCAUGGACAAGCUCCAAGUUCAGGUGUCCCAAGUCAGAAACCCAAGGAGCAGCAGCGCAGUGUACUCCGACCAGCCCUGCUCCAGGCCCCGCCCUCCAAGGCCCACACAGAGUCCAACUCCAGCUGUGGGACCAAUGGAGUACAGAAGUCCUCAGACGGGGCAUCAUUGGGGCAGCCUGUCUUCCUGAACAACACUGAGCACUCGGCUGGCCCUGCCACAUCGCCGAUGCAUGAAAAGGAGGAAGAUGAUGCGAGUGGAAACAAAGGGGAAGGUGGAGAGGAUUCUUCUGCAGCCUCCUCCUUUGUUUUUGGGCAGAAUAUCAAAGAUAGAGCAAAGUUGGAGGUAAACAGCACAGAUGGCAAGUCGAAAGACCCAAGUCUGAUCAACCAGGCCGAGGGCACCAAUUAUUUCUUACAGUACAUCGGCACCCCCAGUGCAAAGAACACCGCAAACAAAACAGACACCGGAGCAAAGUUUGUCUUUGGACAGAAUAUGUCUGAGCGAGUACUGAGUCCCCCCAAGGGUGAGCCAACAGUAGAGGAGAGUAAAGAGGCCCCAGCUGCCCCUGCAUCUGAGCCAUCCUCACAGGAACCCACCCCAGAGAAGGCAAACAGCAUCACAGAGUCUCUGGAAGAAUCUGCAGCAGCCUACACCAAAGCCACAGCCAAGAAGUGCAUCUUAGAGAAAGUAGACGUCAAAACUGGAGAAGAAUCGGAGAGCAAUGUUUUACAGAUCCAAUGCAAGUUGUUUGUGUUUGAGAAGACUGCACAGUCAUGGAUAGAAAGAGGUCGAGGGCUUCUCAGACUCAAUGACAUGGCGUCCACAGAAGACGGAACACUACAGUCUCGUCUAGUAAUGCGAACCCAGGGCAGCUUGCGUCUAAUCCUCAACACCAAGCUGUGGCCUCAGAUGCAGGUGGACAAAGCCAGUGAGAAGAGCGUGCGGAUCACUGCCAUGGACACAGAGGACCAGGGGGUUAAGGUCUUCCUAAUAUCGGCUAGUUCGAAGGACACAGGCCAGCUUGCCGCCGCGCUGCACCACCGUAUCCUGGCUCUGAAGAGCAGAGCGGACCAGGAGCCUGAAGCCCCAACCACAGCCAUUCCUGAGGCCGACGUGCCGCAGUCAAACGAGGACGACAGUGACGAGGACGAGGUGGCCAACACUGCCUCUGCAUCCACUCCUGCUGGAGGUAACUCAGAUGGAGGAGAGACCCCAGCAGCUGGAAGCACAUAACGUCACCCUAAUGGAUGGCCUGCCAGGAGGCUGCCUUUUUGGGUAUUUUACUGCAGGCAUCUCUAUGGACAACCCUGACCAACAUGGUCCCCCCCCCCCCCAGACUAGUACUUUUGGAUAUUAGAAGUCUAUCUCCAGGAAGAAGAAAGAAAAAAAAACUACCUUGUACUGGAGUGUCUCACCUGACUUGUGCAGUUCGUCUUUUGUCUGCAGUCAACAUCAAAUCUGGAGCUACUUUCUCCCCAGUUUGUGUUUUACUGUUUUUUUUUCUUUUUUUUUUCGAUAGCUAAAAUAAAGACUUCAAAGCUUUGGUUUGGGACUUGGCUGCUCAUCAUAUUGAUGAGCAUGAGGGUGUUUCCUCUCCAUUUAAGGUAUGGCACAUGUCAAGACUGCAGUUUCUACUUUGGGACCUUUUUACUCACUCUUCUACCAUACCUCUGGAAGACACACUUCCAGGCGGGCGACUCAUUGUCACAGUGUAUCGUGUUGACUAGUCAUCCAGUCAGCUGUUUGUACCUCCAUUUCAACCAGUUCAACCCUGCCCCUCAACCCAAGUUUGUUGGAUAGUUUCUGGUCAUGUAACUUAUUUCGGUUUACAAUAUUAUACAUGAGUCAUCUAAUUCGGUAAAACACAUUUAUGCACUGUAACAGCUAGCCAAUACCACUCAGUCUAAAAUAAAAGCAGUUUCAUAUAUUUCCGAAUGACCUAGUGAAUAAAGGACUAAAACAACAUGCUCUGUCCUCUUGUGGGUUAAUGAUAAGGAUAUAACCAAAGGAGAAGGACUCACCAAGGUUUCUCUUCAGUUAUAUAACUUUGUGUUAUAGUUGUUGACCCUCAUGGGGUAAUUCUUUGUCAUGUUUUUCCAGAGAUUAACUAGACAGCAUUGAUCAACAUUCUGCAUGUAACUGUAUUUCUUUCCAACAUUUCAAGGGUUUAUAUUGUGUUAAUACAUAUUCUUUUGAUAAUAUUAUAUAAACUUUUUAUUCAUUGUCAUUUGCAAAAAACAAGUUGUAAUGAAGAUUAUUUUGUGUGGAGUGCAUUUAGACAACUGAACUACCCUUGAAUGUCAUGUAUAUUUGAAUAUAUUAUCAUUUAGUAGAACACCAUGUUUCUUGACUCCUCUGACUCCUUUCCUCUUUACAAAAUAAAACAUUUUGGACUGAA